GCACAGGCACAUUCACGUGAGCGCGCGUGGCCAGGCGCGUGGAUGCGAGUUUGAAUCAUCCUUUGACGUCAGACAAGGCCCGCCACACCCAAUUCUGGGCAUGCGACGACAUUAAUGAUGGAGCCACCACCAGCUUCAGAUGAUCAUGCUAAGGCCAUCGACAGGCUAUGGGCCAAUGUAGCAAAACAGCGACGGCCCAGCACAACUUCAAUCGAACACCCACCUCGAAAGCCACGUCGAAAGCCACCUCGGAAGCCACCGCGGAAGCCGUCUCGGACGUCACCUCAGAGGCCAUCUCAAAAGCCAUCCCAGAGACCAUCCCCGAGGCCUGCGCGCGACGAUGUAGGCUGCGAUAAUGUCAGUAUCGAUUCAAUUGAUUGCGCCUUGGAAGGUCAAGUCGGAGAUCCCCUUCUUCCGGAACGAAAGAUGAUGGAUGAGACCUGGGACAAGGCUCAAUGGACAUGGAGGGCGUUCGUGGCCAACGCAAACGGCUGGCCGGCUGAAUUUUUCGACACUCGCAGGAUACUGGGCGACAUUCCGGCUAUUCCACGUGAGAUCCCAAAAAACUCGAAGGGACAGUCAAUCUUGGAGGGGCAGCCAAUUUGGCACGUAUCCGAUCUCAACGAAAAAGGGAAGUUGACUCCAGGUGCUAGAAAGCGCUUCAAUCUCCUUUGCAAAGAACCAGUUCGAGCUUCUAUCGCAGAGCGACAGGACUCGAGCUUCUUCGGGCACGUAGAUGGCAUAAUUACGGAACCACCUCCAGACGGUCUCACGGUCCUAAUAUUCUGCUGGUCCUACAUCCUCUGUGCGUCCCUGAUUGAGCGUCAGGGUUACCGCGUGACUUACACCGAGCACCUCGUUCAACCGCAGCUAGAGGCAACGUCCUCCGACCUGCCAGCCUUUCGUCUUCCCUCUGAUGCUUCUGACAGCUUGGAAAGGUGGCUGUGUGCCUUACUGGCCCCUAAGAUGGGGUGGACAACUUCACAGAAAUGCGGCUUGCCUCCCUGGGCUCUCAUCUGUUCAACAGCACCGCGCAUCACUCGUCCGCCAACCUCUCGGCCUCGACCAAAGCUAGUCGAAGUGCAGGCUCCGGACUCAGAAGAAGCCUUGCUAUUACUCAAAGAGCUAUGUUCCUGGUACGACCUACAUCGCUCGGACGCCACCAUGCCAGCACUUGAAUCAUCAUUCAUCGCGGCAUUAGCCAUUCCGUACUACCGAUGGGCCGAGCUUGAUUUACAACUGCCACCGCUCGCAUCGAUUGAGCCUCGCCCGUCGGCCAAUCCGUCAGACGACUGUGGCGAGAUCAUUGACAGCUACUCCAAACAUCUUCCAUACUACAUGACUCUCAGCUUGCAGCCUAUAUCAUUCGGCUCUAUACUCUGGAGCGUUUUCUGGCAGCCCUCUGUUGCGUGCAACGUCGCGAGUUCCUGGCUCAACUCAACUCUGGACGUUCUGGAGCCAGUCAUUGCCAAAAGAGACGUAGGGCAAUUGGCCCGGAUCUUUGCUGCUCGCCGCCCUCUCGCAGCAAUCCUUUGGCUUGGCGUGUUUCUCCUAGGAGAUGUCAAAAUCCUGGACAGAAUCAGGCACUUCCUCCGGAGUCUUACAGAGGGAAAAACCCUUCCACUCGGGGGUCCCCCGGAUAUUACGGUAUCUGCAUGGACUCGCUCCCCACAGUCUUUCUGGGAUCUACCGUGCGAAUCACAGCUUCCGGAUGGAACCUACGACAGAGCCGAAAUACUUCAACGACGGCUGAAUUUCCAGCUCUCAGAUCAGUACUUGAUUCUCUUUGCUUGGAAGCCAUUCUCUCCCAUGGACAAGACCAGCAUAGAAAUAGACCUUUACGACUAUCUAGAGCAUCCCUUUGUCCGUCAGUAUGUUUGCUGGCAAUGGGGGGGUGUAUCUGGUGUCGAAAGAGGUUUUCGGCAGGAGCAAAAGGGUUAUGUGGCGCCUGAUGAUAAUUUCGACUUUCAUUUCGGAAAACCUAACAUUACACCUAGCAAGCGAAGCGCGAAUCUGGCGCCAUCCAAGCGUGCGACCCUACAGAUGCUCAACUUUAGCAUGACGACUUAUCUUUGGGAAAGGUGUCUCGACUACGCUUCUAUCCCAGGAUUGGACAAGAAUCAUGCGUGGUUAAGAGGAUGGAGAGGGUUGGAGUAGGUCACCCCCGUAUGACUAGACUAUCGCGCGUUGAUGACAAGGUCAUGUCCCAAGGAGGGCUUAUAAGCACCGGCCAGUCUCAGUGUCGCAUGCUGCUACAGAACGCUACGUGGCAGCUGUUUGGAUUGCCUGUUUGGUCCUCUCAACAGAGGCUAGGGAAACUCACUAGCAUUCACGUUCACAGUUGACACCCAGAGUUACACGUUGUGCCUGUGAAUUUGUACUUGGCCAUCAACCAGGCAGCCUACCUAGGGUAGCAUUCUCAUCCAGGCCUGCAAGAACUCAUGCAGUUGAUGCAGGUAAAUUAACGUCCAUCCCUGUGUCACGAUCCUGCCUCCGGAGUCAACCGUCUGGCAGGGCGCUGGGGUUGCUGUUCUGCAAGAUAGGUAAAGC